ACAAAUCUAUGGAAAAUUCCCUUUGAAUUAUGUAAAAUCAUUGAAGGGAUGCAAAAGUGUAAGUGUAGCUUCUGAAGGAAAACUUUGACAAAAAAACUGACAAGGAUGAAUAACGUUUUUACAGGUAAUUUCUAAAACACUCUACGAGUGUGAAGCACUUUCUUUGUUUUCCAUCUAAAAGACAAGCGCCCUUUAGAAAACAUUUCCAUCUACAGGAUCUUUCACCGUAGUGGCUUAUUAAGUUUUAAAGAACUGCCACUGAAUUUUAGCUUUGACAAUAAAAUAAGCACCUUGUCUUAGCAGCAGGUGUUUUCUCGGUCUUUUCUAUUCAGGCAGCAUCCACGGAUUUCUACGGCUAAAAAGCCCAAGACACACUACAGGAUGUGGCGUGCCAAUCAUCAAGUCUGGGUAACGGGUUCGUGGGCUGAUCUUUAAUCACUCCGCCUUUCCCCUCACACGCCUUCACCCCGAAGACUGGAGGGCUCCUGGGGACCCUCACCAAAAAAGGCAGGAAACCUAUUGCUCUCUCCACAAUGCAGACAGGUUUUCCAAUUUGAAUCCCCGUACCCAUCUAGGUCAGGGGAUGGGAGGGUCAGUCACGUGGCAGCAAACUGAGUCCCACGGCUCAUUCCACCAACUGUCCGGAGCUGGGGGCUCCGUAAGGCCAGGGCCAAACUUGCAACUGCCUCCCUUCGAAAACCUUCCAGAAACGUCGCUCUCCAAAUUCCAAUCCCCGCAUUCGCACCAAACACCCUACAUGGCAGUUCGGGCUCAGCCCGUGCAACGGCACUGUCAGCUACAGUUGAAAACAAGGAGGGGGUCGGUUCACCGCGCGCACUGAUCCCAAAUCAACUGCGCUUCCCCAGCCCCUUGCGUUCCCCAGGGCAAAAUGCUAAAGAGAAAACCUUUUCUCAACACCCUGAAAUGAACUUUUAGUCCUAAAGCGGAAGUCACUUUUACUUCCUAGUAGAGAGUCUGGUCACUUUUUUUUUCUUCCAAGUCCUUCAAAGAUAGAACUAUUUUUUUUCUCUCUCAUUCCGCGUCGAUUGCGGCAGCGGCGACGUCGUCGUCGUCGUCGACGUCGUCGUCGUCGGAUACGUCAUGACGCUGUAAGGUCGCUGCGCUACAUGGCUGCAGGAAAGAGUCGGAGUUAGGAAGAGGGGGAGGGCUGGACCCUGAAGUGAAUAUCUCAGGCCGUGGCGCGGCCUACGCCAGUCCUUUCCCUUUCUCAGCUGCCCCGCUCGGUCAUGGCUGAACACUCGGCCUCCAGACAUCCCGUGCCGCCCAUUGAGUCGGAGCUCUAUUUCCUCAUCGCCCGGUAUCUGUCCGCCGGUCCUUGCCGGAGAGCAGCCCAGGUGCUGGUGCAGGAACUGGAGCAGUACCAGUUGUUGCCGAAGAGAUUGGAUUGGGAAGGCAAUGAACAUGACUGGAAAUAUGAGGACUUGGUCUUGUCAAAUAAACAUGUGGCACCUGAUCAUCUGUUGCAAAUCUGUCAGCGUAUUGGCCCUAUACUGGAUAAAGAAAUUCCACCCUGUAUUUCCAGAGUUACAUCUUUGCUUGGUGCAGGAAGGCAGUCUUUGCUACGUACUGCAAAAGAUUGCCGGAAUACAGUUUGGAAGGGCUCUGCUUUUGCUGCUCUUCAUAGAGGAAGGCCACCUGAAAUGCCUGUAAAUUAUGGUUCACCACCAAACCUUGUGGAGAUAAAUCGUGCAAAACAACUUACAGGAUGUGCCUCAUUUAGCAUGGCAUUUCCAGGAAGUAUGUAUCAACAUAUAAAAAUGCACAGGAGGAUUCUGGGACAUCUCUCUGCUGUUUACUGUGUUGCAUUUGAUAGAACAGGGCACAGGAUCUUUACUGGUUCAGAUGAUUGUUUGGUAAAGAUAUGGUCUACACAUAAUGGCAGAUUGUUAGCCACAUUAAGAGGCCAUUCUGCAGAAAUUUCUGAUAUGGCUGUGAACUAUGAAAAUACUAUGAUUGCUGCAGGAAGUUGUGAUAAAAUAAUUAGAGUGUGGUGCUUGAGAACUUGUGCCCCAGUUGCUGUGCUUCAGGGACACACUGGCUCAAUUACAUCUUUGCAGUUUAGUCCAAAGGCUAAUGGCUCUGAGAGAUACAUGGUGUCUACCGGUGCAGAUGGGACAGUUUGCUUUUGGCAGUGGGACUUAAAUUCCAUGAAAUUCAGUAAUCGUCCUUUGAAAUUCACUGAAAAGCCUAGACCAGGGGUUCAAAUGCUUUGUUCAUCUUUUAGUGUUGGUGGCAUGUUCUUAGCAACAGGUAGUACUGAUCAUGUAAUCAGAAUGUAUUUUUUGGGCUUCGAAAUGCCUGAAAAAAUAGCGGAACUCGAAAGUCACACUGACAAAGUCGAUAGCAUCCAGUUUUCUAACAAUGGUGAUCGCUUCUUAAGUGGUAGCAGAGAUGGAACAGCAAGAAUUUGGAAAUUUGAGCAGCCAGAAUGGAAGAGUAUUUUGCUGGAUAUGGCAACAAGAUUGUCAUGUGACUCAUGUUCAGAAGAAGAGAAAUUUAUGAAACCCAAAGUAACAAUGAUAGCUUGGAACCGAAAUGAUACCCUUGUUGUCACAGCUGUAAAUGACCAUGUACUCAAAGUAUGGAAUUCUCAUACUGGACAGCUACUUCAUAACUUGGUGGGACACACGGAUGAAGUAUUUGUUUUGGAGACACAUCCCUUUGAUUCCAGGAUUAUGCUGUCUGCGGGUCAUGAUGGAAAUAUAUUUAUAUGGGAUAUCACAAAAGGCAUUAAGACAAAGCAUUACUUCAAUAUGAUUGAAGGACAAGGACAUGGAGCUGUAUUUGACUGUAAAUUUUCAUCAGAUGGACAGCAUUUUGCUUGUACAGAUUCUCAUGGGCAUCUGCUUAUAUUUGGAUUUGGAUGCAGUAAACCUUAUGAGAAGAUUCCUGAUCAGAUGUUCUUCCACACUGACUACCGACCACUGAUUCGCGAUUCAAAUAAUUAUGUCUUAGAUGAACAGACCCAACAGGCUCCUCAUCUUAUGCCUCCUCCAUUUUUGGUGGAUGUAGAUGGCAAUCCUCACCCAACUAAGUAUCAAAGACUGGUACCAGGUCGAGAGAACUCUGCAGAUGAACAUUUGGUUCCGCAGCUCGGAUAUGUGGCAACAAGUGAUGGAGAGGUCAUUGAACAGAUAAUAAGCCAACAUACCAAUGAUCUGGAUGAACAGAACCCAGAAGCCAGGGUUGUUCUUGAUGGAAUGAUAAGACAGUUACAGCAACAGCAAGAUCAGAGAAUAGGAGCAAAUCAAGAUGUUUUUCGAAAUGAUCUUCCAGAUGGGGAAGAAACACCAAGAAGAGGUUUUAGAAGACUAAGUUUAGAUGUCCAGUCUCCUCCGAAUAUUGGUUUGCGUCGUAGUGGACAAGUUGAAGGCGUUCGUCAGAUGCAUCAGAAUGCUCCACGUAGUCAGAUUGCCACAGAACGUGAUCUGCAAGCCUGGAAGCGAAGAGUGGUUGUUCCAGAAGUACCACUGAGUAUAUUUCGUGAUUCUUCAGCCAGAUAUUCUGAUUGGAGGGCUGAUGUUGGCAUUAAUCUUCAACCUCCUUUAAGAACCUCAUCGCGUCGUAGAAUUUUACGGUAUUGCAGUAGCUCAGAAGAUGAAGUAUCUGUUGAGAAGUUAUCUACUCCAAAGAGAAGGCGAAAGAGGAAAAAAUGUAAACCUAAGAAGUCGAAUUUGCAAAGGAUGACUCCAGCUGAGCUUGAAAAUAUAGAACUAUUAUAUGAAUUUCAUCCUCCAGUUUGGAUAACAGAUACUACACUUCGAAAAUCUCCAUUUGUUCCUCAAAUGGGUGAUGAGGUAAUAUAUUUUCGACAAGGUCAUGAAGCUUAUGUUGAGGCAGUUAGGAGAAAUAAUAUUUAUGAGCUGAACCCCAACAAGGAGCCAUGGAAGAAGAUGGAUCUUAGAGAUCAAGAAUUGGUAAAAAUAGUUGGGAUGCGGUAUGAGGUUGGUCCCCCUACACUAUGUUGCCUUAAGCUCGCUUUUAUAGACCCAGCCACUGGAAAGCUUCUGGACAAGUCCUUCUCUCUUAAAUAUCAUGAUAUGCCAGAUGUUAUUGACUUUCUUGUACUACGUCAGUUUUAUGAUGAAGCACGACAGAGGAACUGGCAAGCUCGAGACAGAUUUCGAUCUAUAAUUGAUGAUGCUUGGUGGUUUGGAACAGUGUUAAGUCAAGAGCCCUUUCAACCACAAUAUCCAGAUAGUCAUUUCCAAUGUUACAAUGUUAAGUGGGACAAUACUGAAAUAGAAAAGCUUAGUCCGUGGGAUAUGGAGCCAAUUCCUGAUAAUGUUGAUCCACCUGAAGAAUUGGGAGCUAGUAUUUCAGUGACUUCAGAUGAACUAGAGAAGUUGUUAUACAAACCCCAGAAUGGUGAAUGGGGUAAAAAAUCCCGGGAUGAAGAAUGUGAAAGAAUAAUCAAUGGCAUUGAUCAGCUUUUGAAUCUUGAUAUAGCUGCAGCUUUUGCAGGUCCAGUUGACCUGUGUACAUACCCAAAGUACUGUACAGUGGUAGCCUAUCCGACAGAUCUUUACACCAUUCGGAUGAGACUUGUCCAUCGAUUUUACAGGAGGAUUUCUGCCCUAGUCUGGGAAGUAAGGUAUAUAGAAUAUAAUGCCAGAACCUUUAAUGAACCUGGGAGUGCUAUUGCAAGAUCAGCUAAGAAGAUCACUGACCAACUUUUAAAAUUCAUUAACAAUCAAGACUGUACAAAUAUUUCUGAAUUUUAUAAUACUGAAGAUGAUGAACAAGGCUGCACAGAUGCUGAUGAUUUGGAUGAGCAUGAUCUUCCUAAAACUUCUUCUGGAAGAAUACGAGGGCAUCAUUGGAAGAAAAGGAACAAUAAUAAAACUAAAUAUGAUAAAAAUAAUUGGCAGAAGCAAUGUAAAGAACUAGUGAACUUAAUUUUCCAGUGCGAAGAUUCUGAGCCAUUUAGACAUCCUGUUGAUUUGGUUGAGUAUCCAGACUAUAGAGAUAUUAUAGACACUCCAAUGGACUUUGGAACAGUGAGGGAAACUCUGGAAGCAGGAAAUUAUGACAACCCACUGGAAUUUUGCAAAGAUAUUCGAUUAAUAUUUAGUAAUGCUAAAGCAUAUACACCAAACAAGAGGUCAAAGAUUUACAGUAUGACUCUUAGAUUAUCUGCACUAUUUGAGGAAAAAAUAAGGAGAAUUUCUUCUGAUUUUAAAAUUGGGCAAAAAUACAAUGAAAAAUUACGAAGAAGUCAAAGGUGUAAGAGAAGGCAAGGUUCUACAUGUGGCUAUCAAUCUAGCAAAUUCAGAAAUGUGAAAUGGAAACAAUUGAAAUCCCAGGCAAAGGUCAUACCUGACUUGGAAGGUUCUCCUACUCAGUCUACCUCUAAUAGUGCAGCUUGGUCUUCAAGCCAGAAGACCACAGUGAGCUUCUCUGCCAAUAUUACUUCUGGUGAUUCAUCUGAUUCUGCAUCAUCUGAAAAAAUUGGAAGGACUAGACCCAUAACUUUAGCAAACUCUACAAUAUUAACUGCUUCCAGUAGUUCAGAGGAAAAUAGAGAGAACUCUGAAUCUCCUGAGCCCUUAUUACGUAACGGGAUCUCCAGAAGCAGAAACAGAAACUUCAUUGUGACUAGAAAUAGAUCGUCUCAAAGGAAAAAUGGUUCUGUCUUUUUAGAAAAUGGUUGUGGUAGAAAAGCUGUACGCAAAAGGGUCUACUUGAGUGAUUCUGAUAAUUCAGUACUGACUAGUGAAACAAUCAAAGACAAAGCUGGAAGUAACCGAAAAAUCCCACGAAAGUGUGCUGCCGUGGCUGCUAAUAAGAUUAAGCUAAUGAGUGACGUGGAAGAAGAUUUGAGCUCAGGAAGUAUUUGCUCUGCAAGCAAAAUCAGCAGGAAACUGCCUCACCGAAAUGCCUCUGCUGCAGCUAAAAAAAAGUUAUUGUAUAACUCUGAGGAUGACCAAAGUUUAAAGACAGAAAGUGAAAAAGAACUAAAAAAACAAAAUCAGCCAGCACCAGAGAUGUGUUCUGGUGCUGCUAGGAAAAGUGUCAGUGAAUCUGAAAAUGGAAGUUCUGAAUCUGAAAGUAAUUUAAUGGGGUCACAAAAGAAUUGGCGUGCUAAUGGUUAUAAAGCCCAUGCUGGAACAGGUUUUACAACAAAAUUUCCCUUAAUAGAAUCUUCUGAGGAAGAUUCAGAAGGCUAUAAUUCAGAGAAUGGCAAUAAAAGAGCUUGUCCAUCAACUUCUGCUGAGAAAUCUAAGGCCAGAAAGAGUUCUAAGGAGGAUGCAGAUUCUGAGCCAAGUGAAUGGAGUGGUAAAAAAUGCAAGAAAACUUGUUGGAAGGGUGCUACUGUAUUUAGGAAAGCAAAAGUCCUAAGUGAUUCCGAGGACUCUGAUGAAGAUGAAAAGAAUGAAAAAGAAGCUGGAAGACAUUGUAAGAUAGUGAAAACAUCUUUGAAUUCAGGGAAUUUGGAGGAUAAGCCUCUUACUGUUUCCAAGUAUUAUUUGAAACAUGAAUCUGAAACAGAUUUGGAUUCUGACCAUAGUUAUGAUGACAAUACAGAACCAAAUAAAAGGACAGCAGAUAUUAUGAAAGAUUCUGUAUCCCAAGAAAAUGGACACAAUGGAAAAGCUUCUAAGAAAAGGAUAUGCUCCAGUGACUCAGACAGCAAUUCUUCAGAAGUAGUUAAAUCAUUAAAAGGCAAAAUUGGUUUCCGAAGGAUUCCACGGAGAAGUGCUACAAUGGCUGCCAAUAAAAUAAGGUUAAUGAGUGAUGAAGAAGAUUUUAAUUCAGAAAAUGUGUGCACUAGAAGCAAUGGGUAUAGGAAAAAGACCCUUAAUUGUGCUUCUACUAAACCUGAGAAUGCAUUGUAUGGUUCUGAGGGAGAUACAAGUUUAAAGAGUGAAACAGUGUUGAAUGAACAAAGUACCUCUGAAGAUCAACUACUUGAUACUGGUUCUGAUAGUAGUAGGAAAAAUGUUAGUGAGUCUAUAAAUGGAGACUUAGACUCAGAAAGUAAUCAGAAAUGGCGUAGCAAUUGUCUCAAAUCUACUAGUGCUGCAUCUCAUACAACAAAAAAUCCCCCAAUUGAAUCUUCAAAUGAAGAUUCAAAAAGCCAUAAUCCAGAAGAUAAGAAGAGGAAAAUUCCUUUCCAGUCAACUUUGGUACAGAGGUCUACUUCAGAUAAUAGUGUUGAAGAUGAAAUGAGUUCUGGGGUAGGAAAAUGGACAGGUAGAAGAACCAGACGGAAAACUCGUCAAAAGAUUCCUUUCAGAAAGGCUGAAGUUCAUCAUGAGCAAGUCACAACAGAGUCUGAAAAGGGGAGGAAGAGAAAAUGUUCUGAAUCAAAAAUUUUGGAAGGUUCUGAAAUAGCAGCUAGUUCAAAGACUAAUCCCAAAUGUGAUUCAAAUCUGGAAACAGAAACUGAUUCAGAUACUGCCUAUAGCGAUAAUAUAAAAACAAAAAAGAGAAAAAGGAAUAGAAAAGCAAAUGUUGUUAGAAGAGGUGGUAAUACUUUUAAAGGUAAUGUAUCUAAACCAAUGAGAUUACCAAGAAAAAGCAAACGACCAAGGUUAAGGUUGGAUGAUAACGACUGGGAGGAUUUGGACUACGCAAAAACUAAAAAAGCUCCACGACGUUCAAAAAUAAGAACAAGAAAUCAGGGUAGAAGAACUGUAAGAUAUAAUUAUGGGGAUGAUGAUAGAGUUUUAGAUGUAGAAAAUGUUUUUGAUACAGGUGAUUGCACCUUAUGACCUUGAGGGAAAACCAGUUCAUUUUUUAGAGGAAUUGAGCUGGAAUUUGUGGUGAAUAUUGGCUGUUCCAGUGAUUUUUUUUUGUUCUAUAAUUCAGGGAAUAUAUUUAUAUUUUUCUAUGAAAAAGUUAUGAAUGUGACUAAAUCAUGACUGUCCUUUUCCUUAUUUUUCCUUGACCUUGCUUAGGUAGCAGCAUUUAGCACAGGUGCCAAAAUAAGCUUCAUUUUGGGGCAGCUCUCAAUUUUGACUCUAUGUGACUACAUAUAGCAAGAGUUUAAAAUCUGUUUUAUGUCUAUAAACACUAGACAUCUGGGUAGUAUUAAAUGGUUGAUCAUUAUUUUCACAGUACCAAGUUAAUACUUUUCAUAGUUACUACUUUAUUAAAUUCUUUAGCAAGUCAUAGUUUCUGUUCUCCUUUAUGUAAUAUAAUUUCAUGUGAAGGUUUACAAAUAACUCAUAACAAGAGCAUACUGACAUUAAGAUCAUGGGAAGAGGAACUAUUUACUAGGUAGACAGAUACUUAAACAUUUUGUUUUGGUUCCCAUUAAAAACUUUUAUUGCCACCACA